ACCCCAGAAGGCCAGAAGCAAACCCCACAAGGGCGGGCCUAAGGCUGGGCCCAUCUCACAGUCUAAAAGAGGGGAGCCACCUCUUUCCCAGUUCACACGGACCCGUGUGUGAGCGCACCCCUCCUCGUGCUCCUAUGGAGGCCACCCCGAUCUCCGUGAAACCACCGUCGCCGGCGCUGGCGGCGCCACCCCCGGCCACGCUGGGGCCCAGGGACAUGCCAACGCAUGCCGUCGGAGGGACCGAGCUGGAGCCGUCCAGCAUGAACCAGCUGGCAAUAGCCCCGGACCCCAAGCGGCAGAGGGUAGAGGAGGCUGCGGAUGGUAACGGGUGCAAGCAUUGCGCCUGCAAGAAGUCCAGAUGCUUGAAGCUCUAUUGCCCAUGUUUUUCUGGAGGUGGUUAUUGUUCUGAUAAGUGUGGCUGCCAACCAUGUUUCAACAAAGAAGCUUUUUCAGAAACAGUUCAGACUACUCGCAAGGUGUUACUUUCAAGACAGAAGCGUAUGUCAAUGAAAAUUAAUAGGAGACCUGAGGCAAAUGCUGAACCUAUGGAAGAUGCUCACCAUUCUUCUUCUUCAACUCCACCAAGGAGAGGUUGCAACUGCAAGAAAUCAAGUUGCCUAAAGAAAUACUGUGAUUGCUACCAGGAUGGGACCGGAUGUUCCUUGUUUUGCCGUUGUGACGAUUGCCAGAAUCCUUUUGGGAAAAAUGAAGGCAUAAUAGCUGAUGAUAGUAAGCGCUAUCUAUAUACUGGUGCUGAUUUGGAUCACAGCGAGGGUGAACAUGACUUUGUUGUGGAGCGCUCGCCUCGUCUACAAUCACCUAUCUCGAAGGAGUCUUCUUUCCACCAAACCCCACCUCAUCUUAGGGUCUCAAGCAGAGACACACAUGUGUUCCCACAGGCGAUAUCCCAGUGGCAGGCACUGCCCCGCUCGUGGCAGCAUUGUGCCAACAAGAGGAACAGCAAUGACAGGGUGAUGGACGACUCUGCAAACUACAAGAACUCAAACCAUGACUGGCAGCUAUCCAAGCACGAGGACAGCUACAGCAUAUCGAAGUGCGUCCAGAUCCUGAACGGCAUGGUGGAGCUGUCACAGGUGGAGAAAUCAGUUGCCCCCGAUGUCUUCCUGCAGCCAGGCAACCGGGAAAUUUUCAUCUCCCUCAGCGGCGAUGUGCGCGCCAUGUGGCUGAAGCGCAAGAUUCAGCACCUGGCCUAGGGUGGGUUGCCUUGUGCCGUCCUUCCGAGUGGAGAUUGGAGGGGACAUUGAGUUAUCUUUUAGAUCUUGCGUGUUCUGCUGAUCGUGGGCAUGCACAGGAUUCUAGGUUUUUUUUUCCCCUGUAUAUUGAGUGUAUUCCUGGAUUAUAACCAUUAUGUAUUGUCUUUGUAGAGAGCCAUUUUGAGCCUGGUAUCCGUUAAUAAAAUGAGAUUGUACACCUACA